UUCUCUUGAGAGAGCGUAUACAUGGUACCCCUCAGAAGUUUAACCUUUUAGAAAGAACGAAAAUCCCCGGAAAGAAGCAGCGUUUAUCGGUCAUGGAGUUGGAAAAAUUGCGAGCGCAGUUGAAAAGCCAACUUCAACAACAUCAGGUAGGGAAUUUUCUCCUUCGCACUGCUCUGACAAACUAUCUCCACAACUGUUAUUUGCAUGCUGAUGAGCCAAGGUUUUUGCGAUAUUCUAACUACUGAAUGUUCAUUUAUAUCGCGCUGUUGUCGUUCUUAACUUUGUUGAACAAUUAUAUUGGUACUCUACACCACAACAUGUAAGCUUGUAAAUUCUAGGACGGCUUUUUCGUCGCCAUAAAUAACUCUAGGAAUUCUUCGAACUCAAGCGAACCGGCUACAUAUUUAAUCAAUUCAACUUGAGCGGCAGACAGCCUCCUCUAUUCGACUUUACUUGAACUUGUUUCGAAUGGCGUUAUUUUCUACGAACAGCUUUAUUUCGUUCAAGACUUAAUUUUCUCGUCAUUUUGUUCUCAUUUUUUGUAGGUUCUUAUUCAACAGAUCAAAACAGACCCACAGGUAAACAUAUUUCGCUUCUUUUAUAAUCAGAAUGUUUCAGUGUGUUGGGUUUCAAUUGUUUUGCCCUGGCGUAGUUUUUAUGAAAUAUUUUUCUAACCCAAAUAUCUCUCUUCUACAGAAUCCAGACCUUCAGAAAAAGUUGCAGAGUCUACAGGCACAUAUAACCAGCUUAAGCGAGCAGCAGGUAGCACUUUGCGUUCCAACAUAUAUUUUUGGGAACAAAAUAUUAGUGGGUACAUGAAAAAUCACAUGCAAAUAUAGGGAAAGAGUUUUGGUCUCCCCAUGCAAAGAGGGUGGUAAAAAAUUAAAAUUCAGGGUAUUCAUUUCUUUGAACAACCAAUCAGAAAACGCCAAAAUCCCGUGAGACUUGUUACAGGUGUGACAUGGCGGAAAGAAAGAGCUUCUUUGCCGCGAAAUCUCGCCAAGUUUUAGCGUAUAUUUUCCGGUAAAAAGAAAAAUCUUACUUCGAGUGAUAAUUUCGAAAGUUUGAACUUAAGUCAAGGUUGAAGAUAUUUGUUUUCGUUUUCUUUUUUUCGCCGAGGUCGCUUUUGUCGGCGGAAGUGAUAUCAUAGUUUUUUUGGUUUUCGUUUUUUUAUCGUCAAAUUAUUUCCGUGUCAAGGAUUUAAAUGAUGUUUGGGUUUAAAGAAGUUUUUUAAAGUGGAGACCAGUGAUUUUCAGUGAUGCGUGUAAAGUGGGUUUUUUUUAGCUUCCUCGCAAACAAUUCUGGUUGUGUUACUUUUUCUUUGGAUCAUUUGCAUAUUUUCACAGCAAACAUGCCAGAAUUUAAUAGUGUUAUUAGUUCUUCCUUUUCAGGAGUGAAAAAAAAAAAGAAUAAAUAAUUUUUUAAAAAAUUUCUCUCCUCCUGCUAAAUUAGAGCAUCACACUUGUGUGCAGCAAAAUUAAAAAAUACCAAAUGAUCAUCACAUUGGGUAUAAAAGCCCAUUGCAUUUUCCCAAUGGCAUUUUUUUUGUUUUUUUGUUUUUUAUAUUGCUAAUUGCAACAGCUAUUUUACGCUGCAAAGGAAUCCACCCAGUAAUAUUAUUAUUUUUUGUAAGUUAGUACUGAUGAAAGAAAAUUGUAGGCCCCUUGGAAAAUUCAUCUUGAGGUUACGUGCAUGUGAAUCUGGAUGUAUUUGAACUGCAUGUAAUAAUUGUAUGAACCUUUCAUCCACACAAAACUAGUCAAUCUCGUUGGUCUUUGUUACUUUGAGUUGCACAGAUCUAAAAUACAUAAUAGAUUUAAAGUAAAAAGAUUUUCCGCGCGGAUUAUAACGGAUCAUCGAUCGGUUGGGUAAAUUCUAUCAUUUCUGGUGAUUGAUUUUAAAUUAUUAGCUGAUUCCCAGCACUAGGCUUGAGUGCAGUUUAUUGACACACUGUAGACUUAUUUUUUAUUGACAUGUGAUAUAAAGAAAGCUAUGCCUUUUUGGUCUUUAUUUGUCAGUUACCUGCUCUAAGUUAUUUGUUAGUUUAUUAUUAUAUUUAUAUGGUACAUGUGCAUUUGUAUGCAACUACUGUCAACAUGAAUAUGUAUCUCAAAGAAAUGGUUAUUAUCAUGGUGAAAUGUCUUGUAAUGUUUAAUUUCAGAGUCAUGUUGUAAAGCAGCUGAGGCAAGAACUAAUCAAUAAAACUGAACUCAGAACUGAGGUAUGCCACUGGGCAUGGCACAGGUUACAAUAUAAAAUAAUUUUAUUUUUGCCGUUAAUCCUGGGGGCGGGGUGGAGGGCUUAUUUUAGAGUGUGAGGCAGGUUAAGCUUAACAAAGAUGAAAUAAAAAGUGGAAACGCUCAUUAGCAUGCACAUGAAAUUGGAGGUUAUGCAGCAGAAGAUCACAAAUAAAUCUGAACUUUGAGCAUAUGAAUAAACCAUACCAGAUCAGUCCAUAUAAAGUGUUAUCGUCAUGAUUAAAUUCUGUUAUUUAAGAGUAAGGGGGAAGGGUGGGGGGCUUGAAAGAUAAGGAGGCUUAAUAACUUUCUUCCCCUGAAAAUGGGGAUGUAUUGUAGUGGGGAUGGCCUAAUUUUGCGAGGGAGGACUUAAUAGAGGGUUUAAUAUAGUAUAUUCUUGUUAUAAUGUUGAAGGCUUGUUUGUGCAGUGCUUAUAAUGCUUCAGAUGCUUUUCAUUCACAUACAUGUAGGCUUUUACUUGCAACAGUACCCAGCUUACACCUUUGAGGAAACUCUUGAAUUUUAUUUUGUAAAGUACUGAAAAAUAGACAUUGUCUAUAACAGUAUGAAAUUACUACUCAAGGGGUUUUAUUUGAAUAGCUUCACCAAAGGAUUUUUGCCCAUUUGUGUAGAAAGGUCUAGGAUUUUCUGCACCAUAAUGUAUUAGUAAAUUCGAUUCUCCUGAUAUUGCAGCCUGGUAUACUGUAGUUUGUUGUUUUGUGAUUGUCCGUGGCUGAGGAUUGUGCUGGAUACCCAGUUACAUUAAAGUUAGAUUCUGCUUUAUUCUAAUAGGCUAAUCUCUGUAGUUGUCAUCAAAAGAAGUCAGGAAAUUAUGAAACGAAACUUGGGGUAGUCCUGCCUGGUAGUCAGUUGUUUAUAAAAAAAUAUUACUUUAAGUUUAAAACAUUUUCCCAAAAUUUAAUGUUUUAUACUCAUCAAAACUGAUCAAUAUACUGUAAAAUUCUCCUGACAAACUUCUGUGGUGUUGGAACAAAGUGAGAAUUUGGAAUUCAUGAAUUACAUGAAAACUUAAGUUAAGGGCAUUAUGCCAUCCACCAACCCUCCAAUUUAAAGUUUUUGCUUGGUCGCCAUUUGGCAACCAACUCUUUUGGUUUAGGGAGACUUUUACAAAUCAAGGUGCAAGCUCCAAAAUUUUAGGCACCAUGGCGACCAAAAUGGUUGCAACUUGGAGGGUAUGUCCACCCCUAUAUUUUUUCUUUGAAUGCUAGUACUGUAACGUUGUGGCUUUGUACAGCAACAAUCGGGUCUUGUAAACAUAAACAAACGAUACUUUUAAUCCAUAAGUUGGUUCACUAAAGACUCCUGUACAAGAUCGCGAGCACAUGUAAAAUCUGGCAUCCUAUUGGAUAACAACUAUCAUGUGACGUUACAAGUACUUGUGAAGUAAUAUAUUUUGUCCGCUUCAUUUUAAACACUCCAAUAAUUUACUGUCAUUCUGCUUUAUUUUAUUUCAGGAAAAUACUAUGAAGUCACCACUUGGUGACAACAACUCAAGUAACAUCACAUCCCUUGAGAGCAAAGAAUCCACAUUUCCUGUGAAUAAGCCUCUCAUCAAAUUAGAACCUUCAACCAAAAUGGAACUUCCAAUAAAAACUGAACCUGUGGAUGUUAAACCGGUUAAACUGGUCCAACCGCAGAAGCCACUUCCAAUCCAGCUUCCGCGAAUUAAACCCAAGCCUCCUCCAGUUGUGAUUGUAUCCUCGCAGGUAUAAUUAACUGUUACAAAACAUUAAACUAGGCAACAAAAACAUGCAAAUUGUUCUGUCACAUUGCUGCAAAGUGAUUUGAAUACCUGUAGCUAAUUGUUGCACUUAUAGCCACCCAAGAAUCAAACCUGUCUUGCACAAAAAUCAGGUUGUUGAAGUUUGCCAAGGUCCACAUCAGCCUAUGGCUACCUUUCUAAACCUCCUCAAAUAAAGUAUGUUUGUAUUGUAUGUUGUUGCUGAAAGUACUGUAUGACUAGAGAGUAGUUCUACUUUUUUGCAACCAAAUCUCAGUGUACAGGUUGCAUGUAUUACUGGCCCAAGGCAAGCUUGUUUUGCAGCAAGUUAUGCAAUUUGCAACACCCUAAUUUGUUGCAAGACAACUUAGAUUUCAUAUGGUUGGUAAAAUGCACAACAUAGCUUUUUGACUCAUUUCUCAGCAAUGACUUUUUUGCAAAACAAGUUGCAUGUUUCCGUUGCCUGCUUUACUGUAGCUUUAAAGAAAAUCUUUAUUAUGUCAAGCCAAGUAAUAUGCAUAGAACAGGGUUCGCACAGUCUUGAAAAGUCCUUGAAUUUUAGGGGAAGUCCUUGAAAAGUCCUUGAAUUCCAUUUGUCCUUGAAAAGUCCUUAAAUUUCUGUGCAAGUCCUUGAAAAGAGCUUGAAUUUUCUUCAACUUUGAAUGUAGUAGCCUGGAAAGAAUUUUUUGAUGCUUUUUGGUUGUCCAAGACAGAAUAUAAAUCGUAGCUCAGUGAAUGUAAAGGUCAUUUACAUAAAGUGCUCCAUGUUUUAUGCAAUAAUUAACUAUCAGUUUAAGACAAGUGAACUGAAAAAUGUAGAGAAUUUGGUGAAGCAAACAGUUAAAACCUUAAAGUCUUGUUAGAAUAUACUGGGAAUAUAUGCAUUUUUGUAUAAUCUGUGAAAUUAUAUUCCUAGUAGGUUGUCCUUGAAAAUCUAACGUGGUCCUUGAAAAGUCCUUGAAAAGUCCUUGAAAAAUGGUUGCAAUUUUUUGUAUGAACCCUGUAGAAAAGAAAAGAAACAAUAAAUUGUACCUUGUAUAUUGUUGUUGUUACUUGGGUGAAUCUGCAUGUGUGCCAAACUCAGCCAUAUCUGGAGAUUUGGGUAAGAAGGGAAAUUUGGGUUGCCAUAUUACCUCCUUAUUCGAAAGGUGGAUAGCACUAUCCACUGGUUAAAUUGCCAAUCCACUGGAUAGCGCAAUUGGUUUUCAUAAUAUCCAGCUUUUGAAUAACCAGGGCCAGGAUUGCAGUGGCUUUUAUGCUCUAUCCUGUACUCUCCUCGGCUGGAAUUUAGCCCCUGCCUUUCCUAAAAUUCAAAGAAAUUGAAGUGCAUGUCGUAAUGUACAGUAUUGAGAAGCUGAUGUUCAAGUUCUAGCUCUUUGUCAGUAACAAAAAUUUUGUUAUUUUAUUUAUUGUUCAGCAUGGAAACAUUGAGUUCUCUGGUCAAAGUGUGUCACCAGUGCAUAUGGGUUCAGCAGUGUUCACUACUGUAAAGUCAGUUCAGUCGCAGGUUGGAAACCCAAUCAGAGUACCUACUCAUUACCAGCCGAAUAAUAAAGCCAGACCUGGUGCUAUUAGGUAUAGCGGAAGACCUUUUACUUCACAUCAUCUUCAACCAAUUCUUCCUCGUCCUGCCAUAGAAAACAAAUUUACUCCACCACAGAAUUUCAACAAACAACCCGAAAAGCCUCUUGAACCUAAGGUAAGGAGAUAUACAACAAAAUAUCAUGUAGUGAGUUUGUACAUUGAAAACCUUAUUAUAACCUUCUAAGCCCCAAGAGUGGUCAACAACAAUUUUCUCCUAACUAUAUGAAAAGUCAUAUUGAAGAGAAAAGGUUUUGAGAAUCAUGAGAAUGAUCACCAACAAUUAAUAGUUUUCAUCCUUUUGCAAACUCUCGUAACUAAUUCUUUGAGAAAAUAUAUGGAGCUGACCAACGGGCUAUAAGGUUAUGAACUAUAAGGUUAUAAGGUUAUGAACUGCUCAACAGUAUAUGCAUUUUGCCUCUGACUCUAAAGCUCACGGGGUGUACACUAUAGCAAUCAACCUUUAUUGGUGUGAUUACAUGUACAAAUCUAGAUGCAUUGUGUGUAGAAGUCGAAAAUAUUGCCCCUGUCUGGAUUAGAUAUACAUGUAUGAUGCUUUGCUUGGUCACGCGGCAGCAAUUAAAUGAAUACAUUUGAAAUCCUUUGUUAUCAGAAAAUAAUUGAUUAUUGUCCACUAUAGUAAUAGGAUCAUGUACAGCUGUACAUUGUACAGCUGUAGUUCAAGAGUUGAAAAAACUACAAGGUAGUUCCUAUAAUACAGUUGCUGUAGUCAUUACCCCUGGUAUUCUUUUUCCUUGUGUUCCUUUUGUUUAGAAAAUGGAAUUCAUGGCUGCUUUAGGACUUAUAACGCCACAGACACUUAUUGGUGAGCAAGCAUUUAUUGUUCUUGUCAUACCGGUAAUUAAUUUACAGGGCUCAAACUAAUUUUUGGAAGGUGGUGGAACAUGUCUGACCAGCCAAAGAAGUUUUUGCUUUGUCAAAAAAAAGUUCACUAAUAACAGCCUAUAACCCCAGUAAUUUAUCAUUUACUUAUUCUAGUCAUCAACAAUCUGUUUAAAAAGUGCCUUAAUAGACAAAACAAUUUGGCCAAGAUAGACAAUUUUGUUUCUCUAAAUAUGUUCAACAGAGUUUAGAGGAUGAUAUAAUUAAAAUAAUGGAAUUUUUGACAUAAGAUUGGAAUAUUGUGUUCUAUACACUUGUUGUCCAUUGUCUUACAAAUCCUUUUUCAUUUUUUUGUUUAUUUUUGCCUCCUACAGUGUACAUGUUACACAUACCUAUCUUUACAAUGUACAUUAUUGUAUCUUAAGGAAAGGGAGUCAGUCCUGAAUGAGGCAUAAUAUAUUCAGUUCUCCCUUAUUGACACCCUUGCAUAUAUUUGCAUCUAUUUUUUGUUGCAAAUGAAGUUGUUGUAAAUAAAGAAAUCUGCUACAUAUAAUACUUUGUCUUGGUAACGUGUAAAUGUCAUUGAAUUCUGAAGUGCCUACUACACAAAUUUGCUAUUACAAUGUACAAGAAGGGCUUUCUGAUCAUUGGUUAUUGCGAUAUUAAAUAACCACAAAGAAUAUCAGCAUAAAUUAUUAAGUAAGUUUGAAGCCCAUUAUUGGCUAGUGUAAGGGUCAUUAAGAUUCCUUAUUGGAGGUGAGGCAUGAAAACUAUUUAAUACCAGUAGUCAGCUCAACAUAAAACAGUGAGAUUCAAGAGUUGAAUUUUGGCAAGAAUUGGGAAGUUUCCGUCCUGUGAGAUCUUAACACAUAGUAAGAAGGUCAUUCAAUAGAUAAAUAUUGUAAACAAGUUUUUUUUUUGUUUUAAGAUGCUAAGUUACAUGUUGGAUUUUAUAUUAAUUUUAUUCAUUAGCAGAAAUUUCAUAUGUCAAAGAUGUGAAAGUGUUUGAUAUUUAUAUUUGCUUCACUAUGAGUCAUUAUUGUCUGAAUUUCAAAAAUGUCUCCUAACCUUCAUCAAACUGUAAAUCAUCUUCCUCUGAUCUUUGAAUCAAGCUAACAGAUGCUUUUAUGAAUGUAGGAAUCAAUUGUUGUUAAUACUGUGUUACUGCUGUAAAAUUAUCCUCUUUCACUUUGCUUUGUUGUUGAUACGAGCAACUGAGUUCAUUAUUUUUGUACUAUUUUGUACUCUAAUUGCGUGCUCCAAGAGGGCUUGCAUUUUCUUAAUUGUUUUGUAAACUUUAUUGAAUGUUGUUUUGGGUUAAUGAUGGUGAAGAUGAUAGAACAAUGUUUAGGUUAUUGUGGAAAUUAUAUUUUAUAUUUAAUAUUACGCUCUUCUGUGUACCCUAGACUUUUCUGGGUUCUGGGUAAUAGAACAAUAACAGGAAUGUUUUUGAGUGGAUGAAUAUUUUUAUUUAACAGGGUUGUUUUCUUGGUUUUUCUUUACUUUGCUUUAACAUGAUCGAGAUUUCAGUAACUUGUGGGGGAUCUUGUUUAUUUAGUAAAUGGAGCAAAUGUGAAAAUUUUGUGAAAGCAAUAUCAUGGUUGUCUUAAUACAUUGUAGGUGUUAUGUCUGUGUAAAACCAUACAAAACCGUACAGUCUAGGUAGACUCAAACUGUUGACUUCAAAGUUAUCUUUAAUCCAUAGUAUUCAAUUUCGUAUGGUGAUUCAAUUCAAGUGAAUUACCCACAGUGACUUCUAAUCAUUAGGAUCCUUGUUGCUUAUAGAAGUUACAUGUGCACGUAUUUGACUUUCUCAACAGAACUUCAACUGAAGAGGCAAGAAAGAAAAAGAAGGAGUAAUUGUAUUUCUCCACAAAAUGCACUGGAAAUUGACCCAGAGGUAUAUAUUAUUGAUCAACACUCAUGUGUUGAUAUUAUUUAAUUUACAUGUGCUGGUUAUAAUUUAUAGAUCAAAAUAUCUGCAUUGAGGGCUCAUAGGAUAAUAAACUGCAUCUCUCAAUUCAAAUCUAUUCUAAUCAGUAUUGUCUAAUAUUAUUAUAUUAUUAGUUUGUCUAAUAAUAUUACUAAGACAAUACUGAUAUUAUUAGUUAACUUUAGUUUUUAAAUGGUUUUUACUCUCUGAGCAAGUACAGUGUAAAAAUAAUAGACAUGAGUCUUCAUCUCAAGUGCUUGAUUCAUUCAAUAGUUAUUUUUUCACUCUAUAAUGAUAUUUAGUGUAAAUUAAGUGGACCAUAAAUAUUAUUAUUGAUUGUAUUAUCCCUACUGUGUAUUUGCCAUACUGGGCUGUUGGUUAGAGUAGAGGGAACUUAGUUAAUGAGGUUGCACUGAAAUCCUGUUGAAAGUGAAUUCAGCAGAGGGUGGCCCAGUGUGCUUAUUAAAUGUUGACCUCAGUCUCUCUUUUUCCUUGGUCUGUCGAGCAAAUGCAUGAGACAUGCAAUUGACCACGUGCAUCAUGACUGAAGGUGGGAAACGGGAGAGGCACGUAACGCGUAUUUCUUUGCUCUGGCUAUGCGGGCAGUCCCUUUUUUUUCUUCUAGGUCUGCGGCCCUCGUUUUUUGCAUCUCACGGCUUUACCACUAGCUGCUGGUGCUUUCCCCUGACUCACUAAAUCUGAAGAAAAAGAAAGACUGCGUGCAGUCUAACCUAAGUGGAGUCCAAGUGCAAAACAAGAUACAAUGUACUUUUCACACCUGAAGCUACUUUCAGGUGUCACCACUGAAAGUGCCAGACAUUCCCGUAGGGUCUUCCAUGGGCAUCCCCACAAAAUUAAGUCUUCUUAUAAUAAUAUUUUAUAAUUUUGCCAAAAAAGUUGGGGUUGGACAGGGCCACUUUCUCCCACCUCCUUUUAUGGUCAUGCACCCCAUACUAUUUCUAACUUCUACUUUCACUACCUCUUCCUCUACCACUUACUUUACAGUAGCUGGUUUGAUAUGAGUUCAAAGUUGAGCUUUUGUUUCUUGGUAAAACCACAACUCUGGGUAUUCUUCUUUAAAAAAACUUAUUGAACUAACUAGGUUAAGCAUUUUCUAGACUUGCCCUCAAAAAGUUUAAGUUUUCUCUUCAUAACAUUUUUAUUGCUUCUUGAGGGGUUUUGUAAGGGCAGUAUCUGCCCCAAAUAAUGUGUGAGUUAAAUAAUUAUUUAUUUUAAUAAGAGGUUUUUUCCUUGCUUUGAAGCCUAAGAGAAUAAAGAAAAUAACAAUGUUACCAGUAAAGAGAGGUCGAGGACGCCCACCUAAGUUCAGUAGCAGCAGUGCUCCCAACUCCCCCAAUCCUUCAUCUCCUGUUCCUAAUGGAUACACAGAAAAUGGCAAACAUAAGAAAUUCAAGUAUAAACGAUUCAUCACUGGAGAUUCUCCUGCCGAUGAGGUAUGUAGGUUUAGAAUACAUCAUCAUCAUCAUCAUCAUCAUUUGCCCCUUUCAGUCUGGAUGCUUUGUUCAAACAAUGAUCUCAUUCCACACAUUCCGGUCUGACAUCGCAUUUGCAAGAUCCUCCCUGUCAAUUUAGAUCAAUUAUAUGGGAUUGUCAUUAAAUUCCUUGUAUGAACAGGGCAACUACCCCACUACCCUAGCACUUGUGAAUUGUUGUACCAGCGAACACACGAGUGAUUAACAAAAUUUUUUAUUGUAGACUGAAUUGAACUCCACUCAGUCCUAAAUUGUGAUUUAUUUUUAUUGUUAAAUGCUAGAUAAACAAUAGAGGAUUUUUCUCUCUUCUCUAUUCCAACUCUCUGUUUGGAGUUUCCAAAAUCCAUGCAAAUCUCCUGGUGUCACAUAAGUAACUAUAUAUCUGAAAUAAAACAAUUUGAGACGGUAUUCUUGUUGUUACUCACUUGAUUGCUAUAGAUACCUAAAACUUUGCUGGAAUUUACAGGGCUCCAAGUCACCUGCCCUAACGUCAUGUAUUGAACAGAGACCUUAUUAUAUUUGACGAAGAAGACGACUUCGAGGACGAGAUUUAAAAUAUACAUCCCAGAAAGCCGACUAAGCAAAGUUAUUUUUAUUGAAGGAGAUUGUUAUUUAUAAAGCCCUCUUCCAAUCGCAAAAUAGUAAAUUUUCAAACAGUUGAUAACUUGUUUCCGCUAUUACGUACGACAUUCCCGCUAAAACUCGUAGUAGAAUGGAGACAGUUACCACGUUUUCCCGCCAAAAUGAUGCUGGUUCACUGCCACGUACACGUAUUACUAAGGACCUCGUGCGUUCGAUUGAUCGUAUUCUGGAAUACGAAUCUUCAAAAGUUUUGUACGAAUCUUUUGUACUAUGAUUUUUGGACCACUUAUUUCAAGCAGAUUUCUAGAUAGUCACCAUUAAUUGCAAAUCCCCUAUAAUACACCUUGUUUACCCCCCUGCGCCCCACCCAAACAUUUUGCGUAACCUUUGUUUGUAAUUUCUCUUGGGUAUUAAAGUUGUACCCAGAGAAAUUGAAGACAAUACAGUGAAGUCACAACUGACUUGUUACUGUUUCACAGGAUGAUAAUCAUGAUGAGGUAUGCGAGAUAUGCAGGGAAAGUGGAGAGCUGCUACUCUGUGACACUUGUAAUUUGGUUUAUCACAUGAGCUGUCUGGACCCGCCGCUUACAGCAGUGCCUCCUGGCAUGUGGCUUUGUCCUAAAUGCAAGGUAAGCACUAUUCCAGGCUCCAAGAUAGCAGUACAUUCGUGCAGUAAAGCCCCGUGCAAACGGACACAACAUUGUAGGAUGUUACAUGUUGCACACUCUGUUGUGUGUUGUUGCGUGUUUUUUGGAGUUGUUGCGGAAAGAUUGAAACCGGUCAAACUUUGUGCCAACAACUCCCAACAUUUCUUUUGUUCCGUGAUCGCCGAAGCGUAGCGCAACAAUGUUGGAUCCGUUUGCAUAGCUCCUCUAAGCUUGUUGGGGCCAGGCACGCGCGUUAAACAUGGUCUCCUUAGAGACAGGAAGUCUUAUAGGUUGUAUCCUUCCCACAGUGCACUGCAGGUUCCAACAUUGUUGUGAGUUGUUGCAUCCGUUUGUACACCACUGCCAACAAGAGCGCAACAACUUCCAACAUUGUUGUCCCAACAUUGUUUUGAGUUGUUGCCUCCGUUUGGACACCACUGCCAACAAGAACGUAACAACUUCCAAUGUUGCUUUGAGUUGUUGCAUCCGUUUGCACACCACUGCCAACACGGGCGCAACAACUUCCAACAUUGUUGUCGCAACAAUGGUUUAAGAAAUACUAACAGGCUCUCUCUUCUAUUUUUAGGAGAAAGUAAAAGACGAUGAACCAAUGCCGUGGCCUGGAACUUUAGCUGUGGUACAUUCAUACUUGGCUCACAAGACAGGUGACUACAACACAGAAUCACUAAUUUCUUGACUGCUUAAACGAAUGUGUGAUAUACUUGGUAUGAACUCGCUUCCUAAGUCUGUUAGGCUGCAUAGCGGGCAUCGGUGUGUUUUUUAGGGUGAAGAGAGAAAUCGCGAGGACGCGCGCGCGAGGGGAGAAAAGAAGAAUUUGGCCUCCUCUUUCUUUCCUCGAAAAGGGGGCUCUUAUUAGAGAGGGGGGGGGGGCUAAAUAGAGGAUUUAUGUUUUUUGGUAUGGUAUAUUAAAAUUUAUAUGUAGAGAUCUAGGGAUGGCAUGAUAGCAUAAUACCUUAAAACUACUAGUAAUACCCAAAGGUUACGGAGUGCGCGCGAGAAUGAUCGAAGGUCCAAACGCAUGUGAUCAAAUUGCGUUCUGUGCAUUCCAUUCAUUCUUAGUGGAAGUCCAAACGAACGCUGGCUACAUACAUGCGACGCAUGCGUAAUAACAACCUGGAGAUUAGGAUUGCGGGCUCCCCUUGUCGCCCGCAGUAACUGCCUGCUAUUUUAAACGAAUUUGCGAAAAGUUAAUAUUCAAAACCAUCAGUGCCAUUGAGUAAGUGUUAAUCACUGGGUUAUCUCUGGAAAAUGCUCAGUUCUCUCAGUUUCUGGCAUAUUCAGAACAGAACAGUUUCUUCACUUUAACUCAAAGUUAGUAUCCUGGGCACCAGUGGGUUUUUUUGCUCGUGUGCGGCGAUUGAAUGCAGCGGAGAUGCUUCGGGGUCGGUCACAGGCCGAUGCGUCUUAGGCCAAAGGGUGAAGCUAUACCGAAGUCGGAAACUGCGCAUGAAAAGUCUCUGGUACACAGGGUACAAAUUUAUAGUGGCAUGGCACCCGAAAUACUCGAGCGGCGAAGCCUAUUUCCCUUUCGUAAACGGUCUUUGCCAUUUUUAACGGUCGGUGUCACAACUAGUAACCAAGCCUUUCUAUCAAGUCAUGAUAGAUGUAAUAUAUUCCCUGGAUUAAGUUACAAAAAGGCAAAAAAUAUGUUUUCGAAUAGUGUUAAAAAGAACGACGUUGGAGCCCAAGUUGAAUUUUCGUUAAAAUGUACGAAAAGGGCUAGGGUCACCUGUUAUUGAUGCAACAGUCAAAAAACUAGUGUAUUAACUUAAAUAAUUCGGAAUUUUGGCGGGUCCUUGUGGUAGUGUAGUGGUAAGGGAGAGAACGAUACGAAGGGUUCGGAUUCGAGGCCUAGUUUGACCCUAGGUUGCAAUUUUCUUUCUUUUUCAUGGAAACACUCUCAAUAACAGGUGAAAAAUUGUCCAAGUGUCGUAAAAAUGGCAGCGACCGUUUACGAAAGGGACAACUGCAGCGGCGAAGAUGCGAGAGGCAAGGGCGAAGUCUCUUUUUUCGCGCCUUUCGUGUCUCCGCGCCGCAAGUCACACGGGUGGCUAGUUUCUUCCCUCGCGCGUUUAAAACGAGGGAUUUAGAAACGCCUCUUAGUCUAGGAAUAUUUACAUACAUAUAAUGUUACUUUAUUUUAUUUCGUUUAUUUACGUUUAAUACUUUUUUUUUGCCUUUUUUAGCAAAAGAAGAGGAAAAAAACAAACUUCUCAAAAGAAGUGAAGAAUUAAAAGCCGAGAGAGUGGAGUUAGAAGCCAAAGCGAAAGAACUCAGUAAUGCAAUAAUGGUAAGUAAACAUUUUUGUCCUUUGCUACACGUAAAUCUAAAAUCUGAUAUAUUACCCUUCAAGCGCACGAAAACCCCUGCUGCGUGCCUUACAAAAAGAGUUCAAAUAGCGUUUGUCUCGCGUAAGAAGUAAUUUGUUUGAACUAAAAGUCGAUUGCUCUUACAGUAAAUGGUAAACAAUCGCCCCCGCUGCAAAACAGACCUCACCCAUUUAUACUAAAAAGAGGGAGGUGGCUGCGUUUGUGUGAGAGGUGUUGAGGGCUUUGGUCAGUAGAAGGGAGAGUAAAUAAAGGGGGGUGGUGCUUAUUUGCUGCAUUGGCAGCAAUGAAAGAGGAGUAACCAUUGAGUUGGGGAAAGUGGUAGUGAUAGGCCACCCCGAAGGGAGCAAGGGAUGGCGCGGUGGUGAGAGCGGUAGCCUCCCACCAAUGUGGCUCGGGUUCAAAUCCCGGCGUCAACGCCACAUGUGGGUUGAGUUUGUUGUUGGUUCUCUCCUGUGCUCCGAGAGGUUUUUUUUUCCGGGUGCUCCGGUUUUCCCCUCUCUUCAAAAACCAACAUUUUCAAAUUCAAAUUCUACCAGGAAUCAGGUAGACGAAGAAGCACUCUGUGGAUGUGCUACCUCCAAAUCAUUAUUAAUUAUUUAUUUAUUCAUUCAUUCAUUCAUUUGUUAUAAUCGGUCAUUGAUCGAAAACCGUUAGUAAACGCAACGAUAAUCGAUUAUGGAAAACUUUCAAUCGAUUAUGGCGGAAAACAUUUAAAAAUAUAUUUUGUUGACAUGAACAUUUUUAAAAUUUGUGUUGUCUUUUAAAUGGACAGCACAAAUAGUCCACUAAUGAUCUUUUCUAUCACAUCUGGUAUGUUGUCGUGUUCUUAAACACAACACAACGACCUUGCUUUAUUCAGGCUGUGGAUGUUUAAGAGUUUUCCUUGUCGUUCACAUUUCGUUAUGCCUUUUAUGGGAAGACUUACCUUGUUAAUGGUACAAAUUAUUCUAAAACCUUAAUAGUUAGCUGUCUAAUGGCUGAACUGAGCCAGUAAAAGAAAUGCGGCGCGGGUAAAUCGGCUCGAAGUAAAACGCAACUUCGAUCCCACGGCCCUCUCUCCGCAUUGCCUCGUUUACAUGUACCCAGGCGGCUGAUACAAGCUAGCAAAAGUUAAAUCCUCUUAGAGAGAUUUUCGCUGUCAUAAUCGAUUGUGGAUCGGUUUGGUCAAGCCGAUUGUUUUUGAUUAUGGAUUAUGAAAUCUCUGCCAAUUCCCAACAUUUGAAGGUGGAUAUCUUAAUAAUUUUCUUCCUCUAAGAAUGGAGAAAGGGAAUCCCUAGAGGAUUUCAUGGUGGGCGCUCAGGUUGACAUUGGAUACAUUAUUAUUUCCAGAAAUAAUAAUAUUCCAUAAGUUUUCUUUUGUCGUUUUUUUUACUUCAGGAACAGAUGCAAGCCAAGAGCGAGCUUUCUGCCAGCAACAAAUCCGCACAGAAUUCUGUUGAUAGAUUAAUCAAAUUUAUUGAGCUGGUACAGAGUUUAUGACAGCCAAUGAUAUUAUAUCCCCCUUUAUCGGGUCCACAGAAUAUUUAUUGAGAUUGCUAGUUUUGUUUAUCCAAAAUCUGCUGUCAAAUGGACUAUUUUUUUUGAGUGCACAGGGAAAUUUGUUUGGUGCAUUUUGUAAGCGUUGUAGAUAACUAACGGUGAAACCAGAGUAAGGUGUUUUUGUUAUAGAAAAUUACAGAAAAAUUGCCAAUGGCAGAAGGGAUAAAGUGAAAAGAAUAAAAAAAUCAGUUGACUUUGCAUCCAAACGUGUAUCUAAAGGCUAUAGCAAGCAGUGUGGGUAAUUAUCACGACCACUGCGACCCAACUCAAAAGCGCGGGCUUU